AUGUGUGAGAAUAGCGCGUCGUUUCUGCACAACGCGGAUAUGGUCUCUCUCUUCGCCGAGGGAUCAGUCUCUGGCUUUCUGUCCACUUUGGGUUUGGUGGACGACAGGUGUGUGGUUCAGCCCAAUGCCGGCGACCCCACGAACCCGCCCAAGAAGUUCAGAGAUUGUCUCUUCAAGAUAUGUCCAAUGAAUCGAUAUUCGGCUCAAAAGCAGUUCUGGAAAGCGGCCAAACAGUCCAAUAGUCAGACCAAUCGAAGUGAUGCCCUUUUGCUCAAGAAAUUACAUCACGCGGCAGAACUGGAAAAGAAACAAAAUGAGACCGAAUACAAGAAAAUGAUCGGAAGUGUCAUCCAAUACGGAGGUGUUAUACAACUGUUGCAUCUGAAGAGCAAUAAGUAUUUGACGGUCAAUAAGAGACUACCGGCGCUCUUGGAGAAGAACUCGAUGCGAGUCUAUCUGGACUCGAAUGGCAACGAAGGAUCUUGGUUCUAUAUCGUGCCAUUCUAUAAGCUCAGGUCUACGGGUGAUAAUGUGGUGGUGGGAGACAAAGUGGUGUUAACACCGGUGAAUGCGGGCCAACCCCUACACGCCAGUAGUUACGAUCUGCCGGACAACGCCGGCUGUAAAGAAGUAAAUGCCGUCAACUGUAACACCAGUUGGAAGAUAUCGCUGUUUAUGGAGUAUAAGGAGAAUAUCGAUGAUGUCCUCAAA